GAAAGAGACUGCUGGGAGGCGACUCGCUGAGCGCUGUGAUCAACACAGAGACGAGUAGAGGAAACGAGGGGAAAGUGACAGAGUGCGCUGAUUGACACGCCCGGCGUGGCGAAAGCAAAGGACAAGCUUGCCAACUUUUUUUCUUCUUUUUUGAUGAAUGUUUAAUCUGCUAAUGUCUUCUGAUUUAUUGUGGAGCUGAGUGGAUCGCACUACGAGGGGCUUAAUUAGUUUUCCCAGCUUGUCACUUCAAAGCCUUUUGUCUUGCACAUCUUUGAAAAUGAUGUAAAGAGGUGCAAUCACUCUGUUCGUGUUCACUGGGGAUCGUAGCCGCUCUGUUGUCGGAUGCUUGGAUUUUGCUGUCAGACUUUGAUUCUUUAUUUACCGCCUUGGCUUAUUUUCAAUCUGCAUGAGCCAUGGGCCACUGACUUUGAGUGGCUGGGCUGGAUAAGCUUCUGACAGGCUUUAUUAAUGAACUAUGAUACAUCAUGUAUAUACAUCUCCCACUGACAAUGUGGGGAACUAGAUAAGGACAGACUGCUCUCUUUAGAAUAUGUUCUCCAAGAAUCGUUUCAAUGGACAACAUGGAGCAGGUGUUUCCCCUAAAGGAGGCGCAAAGUCAAAAGUUCACCCACCUAAGAAGAGGGCUCCAAACCCAAGGGUAGCACUCGUUAUUCGGGGCAAAAUACAUCGUUUAUUGCAAGGAUCUGCAGACCACCAUGUCCCAGAUUCCCACCUCUAUUAUUCAGGUAUUGAGGAAGACGAGGCGAGAGAAACACAUGAGAGCAGAAAGGAGCGCAGGAGCAUAUACCCAAAGGUUAGCCCAAGGGCAGAAGCAUAUUCCCCCACAGUUUCAAACACUAAAACGCAUGGUGUAACAUCUGGGCCACCAUGUGUAGGAGAGGUGGAACUGAACAGAGAGGGGUGUAUAAGAAUACCCUGCACUUUGCAGCAUAAAAGAUGUAGGUCACCAGCAAAUAUUAAACGAAUCUCCUUCGAAGAAGGACUUCGGGAUGCUCCGGAGCAAUUACGGCCACCCCUACACUAUGCUCCGGUUGGUCCAGACGUGAAUGGCAAGAAGUUCGUAUCAACAGCAGGAAGGAAUUUUGCCUCACCCCGUAUUCGGCCAAAGAGACCUUAUUCUACUGGUGACUGUGUUGACUACAAUUUUAGCAGACCUCUCCCUGGUACACUGCUAGAAGAGGAUGAAGAUAAAGAGGAGGAGUCAAGUGCCAUCAUCGAGCACAUUCUAAAAGAGCUGAGGGGGAUCAACAAGAUCCAGGAGGAAAUCUCUGACCUCAGGGAUUACCUGACCUCAGUUCGAGGGUCAGUUGAGGAAGUAUCAUCGUGUGUAGAUGCUGUUCUGUUGGAGAUUGAGGGCAUUCGUUCUAGCAACAAGCCUGGAGCCCAUGCAGGUACUUGGUCAGGGGUAGGGUGCAAAGAUGGCCCAUCCUGCCGCAGGAGGCCUGCGAGUGCUUAUGGCAGUUUAGGUAGUGCAGUGCCAAAGUCAGAGUCAAAUUGUUUCCCUCAAGCAUGCAAUGAGCGCCAUAGCAUACACAGAGAAUUACUGCUAUCCCAGCCAGAAGACUCAACAGUUUCCCCAAUCGCUGAAUCAGUGGAUCAUCGGGAACUAGAGGAACCAGAGGAACCAGAGGAUACCUCUGAGCAUAGCUCUGAUAUCCCAGUAGGCGCUAUAGCAAGAAAACUCAGCUUUGGCUACCUUGACAGGCAGGAUGGUCAAGACUGCCUGAGCACCAGCUCUUUGUCUUCUGGUCAUAGUUCUAAAUCUGAAUCAGACAUAGAAAGACCAUCAUCUAGUCAUGGAAGAAAGCAAGAGAGGACUCGUGAUGGGGAGGAACAUUGGACUAAUGCUGUACCAACACACAGUGGACCUAUGGAAUCCGUGUGGCAUAGGGAAACAGCUUACAUAAGGGAGCAUGAAGGUGUGAGCCCUCUUUGCUGUGAAGGAGCUGGGAGCUGGGAACAAUACAGUGGUGCGACGGGAUAUGGUACAUCUGGGCAGUGUUCUAAUGCAAGCUCAGAACAUCUCUCUAUACACUCUGGAAAGCAUUACAACUCACCUGCCAGCAGUUCUAGCAGAGAGGAAUGGCAGCCGCGAAGGAGGCGGCCUCAGAACCAGUCUGGGAUUCAUGGAUCGGCAGAUCCCAGUGAAAACUCCACUGUAGCAUAUGAAUGUGCUGCUGAUUUGUCCUACCCGCAAAGUUCUGGUUACCACUCAGUCGAUGGGCAUGAUGCUGAAGCAGAGGAAUCAGACUUUAGGCAUUCAGCUGAUCUGAGCUUUACAACAACUUGUCAAGUUGAAACGUAUUUAGCAUAUGAUGAGUCUACAGCAAUGACGUGGACUGAGCCAUCCUGCCUGACUGACGCCAGUAACCAAAGCUUAGGAAAUCAAUUCUCUCACCCUGGCAAUGCAGAUCCCCAAGCUGGGGGUUUCAAUGUCAAACGCAUAGGUAGAGCAGUACUUGAUUUUAGCUCUGCCUUGCGGGGUGCAUUGCGCAAACUUGAAGCACCUGGAGCUGUGAAUCCUGAAGAAGAAACAGACUUUGAAAUAUCAAUGCCUUCAGAGCUGCCUACAACUCAGUUGCCUUCAAAACCUUUUUGCUAUGAGACACAAUUGGUUCAAACAUCUGAUAUAACCCAAAAAGGUGAUGUGGUUGGUGGUGAUGAUAUUGCUUUUAGGGAAAGCAUAACCAGCACUGUAGAUACAUUAGAUACUUUCUAUGUGGAGCCUAUGCUUAAAGAAGCCAUCAACAGCCUUACAUUGGAGUGUACAGAAACUUACCAACACCCUUUUUCUGACAUUGUCCCACCGUGUCCUGAGGAACUCCCAGUCUGCCCUGACAUGAUUUGCAGUAGUGCUGCAAAACUGCCUCAACCUGAUGGCCUUACAGAAAAACAUGCAGAAACUCUUGCAGAUGUGAGCCUUAAAGAAGCUCAGCUUUCGCAAUGUACCACUGCGGAUUCACUGUCGGCCUCGGUUUUGGCUGACGAACCUGCAGCCGUGGAAGGGCAAACUGAUGUCCCACUACCACAACAAACUAGCAUGGACGCCCCUAUAGUUUCUGAGGACAAAUCAGAAGGAGAAGCAGCAGAGCUAUCCACAGAGAUCAGCCAGAUGGAUGAGCGCAGGCUAAAGUGUCUGAGGAGCUUUCAGCAGAUUCUUCGUGAGAAGAGAGAGACCAGGCGCAGCCUUGCCAGUGUGUCCACCUUCUCUCAGGAUGAGUUUGAGCAAGAUGGAAGUCAAGAUGGAGAUCAGAGCCGAGAUCAAGAUGGUGACCUCAGCAAGCACCCGUGGGCCAAGCCAGGGGGGAACACACCGUUUGGCAUUGACAGCAUGCCAGAUCUCCGCAAGAGAAGGCCCAUUCCCCUCGUUAGUGAGCUGGCUAUGUCUAUGCUACAGUCCAGGAAAGCUGGACUCGCCCACACACUGGCCACACGGACCUCCCUGAAAGACGAAGAGCUUAAAAACCACGUAUACAAGAAGACCCUGCAGGCUCUCAUCUACCCCAUCUCCUGCACCACGCCGCACAAUUUUGAAGUGUGGACCGCCACCACACCCACUUACUGCUACGAGUGCGAGGGUCUGCUGUGGGGCAUCGCCCGGCAGGGAAUGCGCUGUGCAGAGUGUGGGGUCAAAGUGCAUGAGAAAUGCCAAGAGCUGCUAAACGCUGACUGCCUGCAAAGAGCGGCCGAGAAGAGCUCCAAAACCGGGGCAGAGGACCGGACGCAGCACAUCAUCAUGGCCAUGAAAGACCGGAUGAAAAUCCGCGAGAGGAACAAGCCAGAGAUCUUUGAGGAGAUCCGUAAAGUGUUCAACGUCUCCAAGAUGGUCCACACCCAGAACAUGAAGAACAUUAAGCAGAGUGUGCUGGAUGGCACUUCCAAGUGGUCAGCCAAGAUCACCAUCAAUGUCGUCAGUGCCCAGGGUCUCCAGGCCAAGGACAGGACAGGUUCCAGUGAUCCAUAUGUGACCAUCCAAGUGGGUAAAACCAAGAAGAGAACAAAGACAAUCUACGGCAACCUGAACCCAGUCUGGGAGGAAAAGUUCAGCUUCGAGUGCCACAACUCAUCAGAUCGGAUCAAGCUGCGGGUUUGGGACGAGGACGAUGACAUCAAGUCGCGAGUGAAGCAGCGUCUGAAGAGGGAGUCGGACGACUUCCUGGGACAGAGCAUCAUUGAGGUCCGAACGCUCAGUGGAGAGAUGGACGUGUGGUAUACCCUGGAAAAGAGGACAGACAAGUCGGCGGUGUCUGGUGCCAUCCGUCUUCAGAUCAGCGUGGAGAUUGAGGGAGAGGAGAAGGUGGCGCCCUACCACGUGCAGUACAUGUGCCUUCAUGAGAAUACGUUUCACUUUACGACGGAUGUCGAGGGAGGCGGCGCGGUGAAGAUCCCGGCCGCUCAGGGAGACGACGCGUGGAAGGUUUACUUUGAUGAAGUGCAACAGGAAAUUGUGGAUGAGUUUGCGAUGCGUUACGGCGUUGAGUCCAUCUUCCAGGCCAUGACCCAAUUCUCUUGCCUGUCCUCUAAGUACAUGCUGUCAGGGGUGCCGGCAGUGAUGAGCACCCUGCUGGCCAACAUCAAUGCCUUCUACGCCCACCCCACCGCCUCCACCAAUGUCUCUGCUCCAGCCAGAUUUGCAGCCUCCAACUUCGGGAAAGACCGUUUUGUGAAGCUCCUGGAUCAGCUGCACAACUCCCUGCGUAUCGAUCUCUCCAUGUACAGAAAUAACUUCCCAGCCAGCAGCAAGGCUCGCCUCAGUGACCUCAAAUCUACUGUGGAUCUUCUCACCAGCAUCACUUUCUUCAGAAUGAAGGUCUUGGAACUGCAGAGUCCUCCCCGUGCAGCCAACGUGGUGCGAGAUUGCGUCAAGGCCUGCCUGAACUCCACCUACGAGUAUAUCUUUAACAACUGUCUGGAGCUCUUCAACCGCCAGUUUCAACCCGCUGUCCAAGCACCCGAGCCAGACAAGAAGAAGAAGAAGAAGAAGGAAAAAGCAGAGGGUUUCCUCAAGAGCUCAAUAUGGUUUCUCCAGUUUGUCCUUGCCUGGCUCGCUGAGAACGAGGAGGUAUCCAUGGAGUUUAUGCAUGGAGCGCUGGAGAGAGACAAGAGAGAAGGGUUUCAACAGACAUCUGAGCAUGCUCUGUUCUCCAGCUCGGUGGUGGACAUCUUCACUCAGCUCAAUCAGAGCUUUGAGAUUAUCAAGAAACUGGACUGCCCUGACCCCACGGUGGUGGCACAUUAUAACAGACGCUUUGCCAAGACGAUCACCAAAGUGCUCCUGCAGUACUCUGCUCUGCUGGCCAAGAGCUUUCCCUCCUACUGUGAGAAGGAGAAGAUACCGUGCGUGCUGAUGAACAACAUCCAGCAGAUGAGAGUCCUUUUGGAGAAGAUGUUUGAGUCCAUGGGAGCAAAACAGCUGGAUACUGAGGCGGCUGACAUCCUGAACGAUCUGCAGGUGAAGCUCAGCACCGUCCUGGACAAUUUCAGCACCAUGUUUGCUAAGAGUUUCCAGCCUCGCAUUAACGGCUGCAUGCGUCAGAUGGCUGAGAUUCUCUACCAGAUGAAAGGCCCCCCCAACCACAGCACCGCUGAGGCAGACGCUGACACCAUGCUGAGGCCCCUCAUGGAGUUUCUGGAUGGGAAUCUCAGUAUUUUUGCUGACAUCUGUGAGAAGACGGUGCUGAAGAGGAUCUUAAAGGAUCUGUGGAAGAUCGUCCUGAGCAGCCUGGAGAAGACCAUCGUGCUGCCUCAGAGCAAUGACAGCUUGGGAGCUCAGCUCCUCACAGCAGCUAAAGGACUUUCUAACCUCAAGGGAGGAGGUGAAGCCAAAACCCUGACGCCCAAGCAGUGCAUAAUUAUUGAUGCAAGCCUCGAGUCAAUCAAGCAAUAUUUCCACGCGGGAGGAAAUGGGCUGAAGAAGGCGUUCGUCGAGAAAAGUCCUGAACUGGCAUCGCUGCGUUACGCCCUCUCCCUCUACUCCCAGAGCACCGAUGCUCUCAUCAAGACCUUUGUCACCACACAGCACUCCCAAGUGCAUGAUGGGAUGGGCAUCAGAAUCACCGCCAAUGAGAAGAUCAGACCUGAUAGGGGUUCGGGGGUAGAUAAGCCGAUCGGAGAGGCCUUGCUGCAGAUCGACAUGCUGCUCGGCAAAGAGCGCAAGGUCAACGUCAAAGUCAUCGCGGUGAACGACAUGAAGUGGCAGACGUCUGGGAUGUUUCGGCCUUUCGUCGACGUCUCCAUGGUCGGUCCAUUCCUGGCUGACAAGAAGCGCAAGUUCACCACAAAAUCCAAGAACAACAGCUGGACGGCUAAAUUCAACGAGGCUUUCCAGUUCGUCCUGGGUAAAGAAUCCCCGGACUGCUACGAGCUGCAGGUGACGGUGAAGGAUUACUGCUUUGGACGGGCGGACCGGGUGGUCGGCGUGGCCGUCGUUCAGCUGCGCGACGUGGCCGACCGCAAGAGCUGCGUGUGCUGGUGUCCUCUCGGGCCACGCGUUCACACCGACGAGACGGGCAUGACGGUGAUGCGUAUCCUGUCCCAGCGUCCUGCUGACGAGGUGGCCAAAGAGUUUGUCAAGCUGAAAUCGGAAACUCGCCCCGCGGAGGAAGGCAGAUGAGCCGAAACGGGCUUUACUGAAAGCGAGGUUUAGAAGCGCGGCUUUGUCUGUGAGCAGCGUUUCACCUUCAUCCUUAACUAACGGAGACCCUUCUGACUGAUGACGUACGAGUUUAUCAUAGUUGGAAUAAGAAAAAUGGAUUUGUUAAAAAGGGCAAAUUUUGAGGAAGAGAUCGUCUCUCAAAAUGUAAAAAAAAGACGUUUCCAGUUUGCGAUACCAGUCCUGUCAAUGGAUUUUAUAUCAGACGAUGACUUUAGAGAGAAUCACCGAUCCAACCAACCCUACGAGAAAGCUCUCAGCAACGACAGAGACAAAACAAAACUCUAAACAGGAAGAAACUUGUGAAAACGUUCUCAGGAACGGCAGCUGUGAUCGUUUCAGGUGAAGGGAAGCUCAGCAUAGCAUCUAUCCAGUUAACUUUGUUUUUUUUGUGGUGUCAUUUCAUAAUUUAAUAUUUUAGUGAGUUAAUCUGGAUAAAAUCAUUCUGACUUUUAAAAACCACCGAGAUACUUGACCACGUGACACAUUUUAAAACUAGACCUGAUCAGUAACCUCUGAAGUUUAGCAGCAGGACGACAGCUCAAACACUCCCCUUUCACUCAUGCAUCUAUAAACGACCUCCCUCUGUUUUUUCAUGACUCCAGGGGCCCCUGCCGGCCCUCAGUGAGGCCGACACCACUGUAGGCCUAAGUCUUUGCUCACCCUCCAUAAACUUUGUCUAAAUGUGUUUCAGGGUGUAGUCCUUGCUGGUGAAUUGACUGUCUGUUGACUGUGAGUAUUACACGAGCCCAUAUUCUUCUAUAAUGUUUGAGCCUUUGAGGCCUUUAAACUCUUUACAGACACCGUGUGUGACUCUGGAACAACCUCUGGAUCCAAAACCUAAUGUCAUGAAAACACACUACAGUGAACAAAUGCUUUAUUUGAUUUGUUGCAGAAAGCCGAAACAUUUAAGACUGAUACACAAUUUAGUCGUAGACAGAGUUGUAACUGUAACGCACAUAUGUUUAUUAACACAACUUAAGAAAGGACUAGUCGUCACACAGUAGUCAGGCUAUGCAUUAUCCACAGAGUGAGCGUCACACAUUUGCAGCCAAAUUUAACAGUGUGAAAUAUUGUGAUACAGCGUCAGAUCCUGAUGAUUUGCAGGUAAUUAAACAGGAAAUGCCUCAGACGUGUUUUUCCCUUCGAUGUUAGCUUCAGACUGAUCUAUAGAACCUGCAGGAGCACUAAUACGGGCUGUGGUUUGAUUUUGUAGCAAGUUUUUAUGGAUUGCGUUGCCUUAAAAUAAGCAGAUGAGUUAGCUAACGAAGCUAGCCUGCUUUAAGAGACUUGAAAUAUGACAACACUGACUUGUAAAUUAAAAAAAGUAAAGAUGUUAUUCAGAAGCAAAAACUCUGACUGACUGCUGGGCCGUUGGGUGUUUGAGGUUUUGAUUUAAUGCUAAUUUGUGAUGGUGACAAAAUGCUGUGAAUGGAAACAACAGCUGAAAAACCCUUUUAAGUGUUACGUAGCGUGAACACGAAUAUAGGACCAAACAUGAUCAUUCCAUUUUGUUUACUUUAAUAGUUUUUACAAACUAGGACAGAUGCAAUCAGCCGCCGCAGCCUCGCCGCGCGUGCACCGUCACAUAUUUGACCGUUCUCGUGUUUCCAAACACGAGGUGGCAUUUUGCAUUAACGUAAAACUUUGAAGGAAAAUACAGGCAGAGCAAACAGGCCGGUUUGAACGGACUGACUGUAAGCGGCGGUUUUUUCCACCCUCUUGUCUGUUUAUGUGCCAAGGACCUCCGUGUUCAGCGAGCCUCAUUCAGCUUUCUCUCAUGUUUCGGGUUGUAUUUGACAGAUGUGGCCUUUGCAGACAUCCCACUUUUUACUUUUCCAAACUGGCUGCACGAAAGCAACUAUAGAAGUGAGCCACAUCUGUAGUUACACCCGAACUCUUGCACUCUGUUUCACUGUAAGUUUGUAAGAAAUGAAACCAAUGCCUACGUCCAGAGCAUGUAUUUAUUGUAAACAGUCAGCUAGAAUUGUGAUUUCCUUUCCCCCAUGUAUGUACUGUGACAUAUGAAGACUGUAUGUAAAGUACUUAUCAUUAUUCUAAUGUGACAUAUGUUGAAUAUACUUGUAACAUUAUUUUGUACAUAAAAUAUUUAUGAAUCAGCCUCGUGUCUUUGGUCACAGAGCUCGCUGUUCCCGCUCAGCACGGCAGCUCCGGUCAGUGAUUCCUGCCUGACCUGAGCGCCACACUCGGUUGCACACCUGCUCUCCAGGUUUAAUCUUUCCGUCUUUGCAAACACACACCUUCAGUCUUCAUCACGGUAACUGGUUUAGCUAUAAAAAUUCACAGAAAAAAACCAGUUUAAACUAAAGAGCACGAACCACAAGGCCCCCGGGUACUGUGGGUGUUCUGGGGAAGCGGUGCUUGGGAUGUUUUGCGUGGAUUGUGCAGGCUCUAUUAUUCUGGGUACUCAGAGACUGUUAAGGGCACUGGUGAUUUUAAAUGGUUGUGUGCUGGAUAAGUACUUAAAGGUGUAUUGCAUAAAGUGCUGUAUGAAUGGGUGGGUAAAUGUAGUCUAAAUGACUCAAAGUAGCCAGUAAGACUACAAAAGCGCUGUAUACAUGCAGGUCGAUUGUGUUUUUGUCUGAUUUGUAGCUCAUCUUUAUGAUGCAUUAAUACUGUAAUCCUGCUCAGCCGGUCGUUG